CAAGACAGACCUGAAAAGAAGAGGAACAACCAUUGGUCCGUGAUGCAUCACGCCAACAGAUGCACGCUAGAAAAGAGGCACCGGUUUUGCAUCCUCUCCAACCACUGGGACACCCUCAGCUUCUGCAGAAGAAGAGACGGUGAGAUGAAGGUUCUGCUGCUCAGUGCUGUCCUUGGUCUGCUUUAUGCAGGCCUAGGUGAAGCUCAGCUACUUCUCGUACCGUUUUCAGGGACAUGGAAAACCCAUUAUAUCUCAGCCAGUAACAAAGACAUUGUCACUGAGGGCGGACCAUUCCACAUUUACUUACGUCAUGUUCAGUUUCAUCCAAAUGACACAGUUGACGUCGACUUUUAUCUCAAGUCAGAUGGAGAGUGCAUAAAAAAACGUGUCACAGGAGUAAAGCGAGAAACUGGGGUUUAUGAUGUUGAAUAUGCAGGUCAAAACGAAGUCAGAAUUCUUCACUUGUCAUAUAACGCUAUAAUAGGAUAUGCUCACAAUGUCGCUGAAGAUGGAAAAGAGACAGACUUGGUUGGGAUAAUCGGCAAACGUGACAAGAUUUCAGACAGAGACUAUCAGAAGUUCAAAAAGGAGACGACUGAUAGAGGGAUUCCAGAAGAAAAUAUUGUGAAUUUCACUGAUAAUGAUGACUGUCCAGAGGAGUGAAUAAAAUUGAGUUCGACAGUUUUAGUCACUGAGACCAGUCACUUCCUCUUCUGCAUGGAACCAAGAUCAAUGACACAAAGAUGACUUUCCUGCUUCCUGAUUAACAAGAUUCUUCUCGCUUCACUUACACACUUUCUUUCCUGUCUCAUUUCUCCUGAUAACUGGUCAUGUGCUGUCUGGUGGUAUUUGGUUUCUGAAGGCUUAAAUAAAUUGAUUUAAUAUAUGCCCUGCAAA